CCUGCCCUAGGGAUCAGGGCAGGCGGGGCCGUGGGCAGGAUGUCCGCAGUGCAGGGGCCACGGAGAGCCAUCAGCACCUGCUGCAGUCAGCGCCUCUUUGCUGCGCCCGGCGAGGGAGGGACAGCGGGAUGUCCCCGUCCGAGCUCCUGGCAGCAAACCAGGCAUUGGCGACCGCUCCCCUCCAGCGUCCCCAGGGCCACGGGGCAGCCACAGCGCUCGGCCCCGCUGGACAGUGCCACGUGGCGGGCUGGCCUGGCUCUGUGGCCGUGGCAUUGCCCCAGGGAAGGGGCCCCCACCUCCCCGCCUGCGUUGCUGGGGGGCGGGGAGCAGGGGGCUGCGGCAGCGUCUGAUCAGAGGCUGCCGCGUGGCGACGGCGACGCAGCUUUGAAGAAGGAUGACGGGCGUCUCGGCUCCGCUGACAGCGACUCCCUUUGAGGAGCAGAUUGGGGGCGCAGCGCUCUGAUCGCAGCCCCACCCCCAGCCCCCCCGGCACUUCAAAGGCCCCACGGCAGCCGCGUCACCACCACGGGCGCCCACGCCAGCUGCACGGAGCCCGGGCCUGGCGGCGCUGGCCCUGCUCCCCGGCCUGGGUCCGACGCGGGCGCUGGGGCAGGAGGCGCUGGGUGAGACAGGCACGGACAGCUUGCUCCGCGUCCGGGCACCGGCUGCAGGACAGGCCCCGUUGGGGAGUCCCGGGCACGUGGCGGCAGCGAGCCAGCAUCCAGGGGCUGAGCUGGGCCCAGGGCUCUGGGCUCUUCCAGAGGCAGCGCCAGGCGCGGGCAGGGGCCAGGAGCUGCCCCGGGGUCUCUGCCGCUCGCCGGGCACUGCCAGGCCUCACCCCGGGGCUGCCCAAGGCCCGGCCUGGCCCCGGGAGGAUUUUCCAUUCCUGAAUUGCGGUUGGGGGAGGGCGUCUGUCGGUCCCGGCCCCCCUUCCCUGCCUGUCGCUGGGUCUCGGGGAGGCGCCUGCUGCGCUCGCUGGGUCUGGGCAGCUGAGACAGAGCAGGCUCCCCGGAGGGGCCGGGACCCCCACCACUGCUGCGGGCAGGACGCGUCCGGCCGAGGCCUCCACCGUGAUGCCGCUGCCCCUCGCCUGCUGCCCCGGCAGGGAGCACCUGCCCUCGCCUUCGCCCCCGCCCUCGCCCGCGCCCCCGCGCGGCUCCCUGGCCCGCUUCCUGCGCAGCACCCGCCUGCCCGGCCUGCGCUACCUGAGCUGGCGGCCGCCGUCCCGCGCCCGGCGCCUGCUCUGGGCCCUGGCCGUCCUGGCCUGCCUGGGCCUGCUCUGCACCUGGUGCAGCGACCGCGUGCGCUACCUGCAGGGCCACCCCGUGCACACGCGGGCACACCUGGCCUACGCCCUGCGCCGGCGCUUCCCGGCCGUCACCCUGUGCAACAACAACCCGGUGCGCUUCCCGCGGCUCACGCGGCCCGACCUGUACUCCGUGGGGCAGUGGCUGGGCCUGGCCCGGCCUGACCGCUCGCUGGUGCCGGCGCUGCUGGAGGCGCUGCCGGAGCCCCGGCGCCGCUGGCUCGGCCGCCUGGCCAACUACUCGCGCUUCUUGCCGCCGCGGCCCUCGGAGCGCACCAUGGAGAGCUUCUUCCACCGCCUGGGCCACCAGAUCGAGGACAUGCUGCUCGCCUGCCGCUUCCGCCGCCAGCCCUGCGGCCCCGAACACUUCGCCCCCGUGAGUCGCCGGGCACCAUUGGGCACCGGGGCUGGGGCUGGGUCAGCGCCAGCCCGCGGGGCUCGUGGGCUUGUGCCUUUCUCAGCGGCGCACGGGCCAGGGGAGACUCCACGUGUCCUCGGGGGCUCAGGCGUGUUGGUGCCGGGGCUGGGCACUGUCGGGAUCUCCCCGGGCCUCUGACCCACUCACAGCUGCUGAGGGGCUGUGGGGCAGACGCCGGGAGAC